AUGGCUCCCUCCGCCAUCGACGACAAGCCAGCUGCGGCGGCGCCCGACAAAACGUGUCCGCCCGCCAACAUCUCCCUCGUCAAGGAGACUCGCUUCGAGAAAUACAUUCCUCCGCAGCAUGACGGGCGCAAGCGAGCUCUCGAGAACCCCGGCGCCGCUGCCAUUGUCAUCGACAAUGGAUCCUCUGCCGUCCGCGCGGGCUGGUCGUUUGAGUCCUCACCUCGCUUCGGCGUGCCCCCCAUAAUGUCCAAGUAUCGCGACCGGAAGCUCGGCAAGACCUUUUCCUUCGCCGGCCACGACUGCUACGCCGAUACGACCGCCAAGAGUCACAUUCGAAAUGCCUUCGAGGCCGGCACCGGCAUCGUCAGCAACUGGGACGUCAUGGAGCAUGUCCUAGACUACGUCUUUCUCAAGCUUGGCAUGAACGAGGCUGACGGGGCCAUUGACGUCCCCAUUGUCAUGACGGAAGCCGUGGCAAACUUGCCAUACUCUCGGAAAUCCAUGACGGAAAUCAUAUUCGAAUGCUAUCGUGCGCCGUCCCUGGCAUACGGCAUCGACUCCUUGUUUUCCUACAGGCACAACCAGGGCAAGACCGGCUUGGUCAUCUCGUCGUCUUAUACCUCCACCCACGUGAUACCCGUGUACAACUCCAAGGCAAUGCUCGCACAGGCGACAAGACUCAACUGGGGAGGGUACCAGGGCGCCGAGUACCUGCUCAAGCUGAUCCGCCUGAAGUAUCCUGCCCUUAUGGGCAAGCUGAACGUGUCCCAGACAGAACACAUGAUCAGGGAUCACUUUUACGUUUCCAAAGACUACGACGACGAAAUCCGAGGCUAUCUCGACUGGACUGGCCUCGAGGACAGGGACGUCGUCAUCCAAUAUCCCUAUACCGAGGAGGUCAUUGUGCAAAAGACUGAAGAGGAGCUGAAUCGGAUUGCAGAGCGGAAAAAGGAGAGUGGUCGGAGACUGCAGGAACAGGCUGCUAAGAUGCGCCUGGAGAAGCUGAUCAAGAAGGAGCAAGACCUGGAGUACUACAAGAACCUUCAGAACCGGAUAGCGGACGAGACCAAGAAGGAGACGCGGCGCCAGCUCGACAGCCACGAUAUCAAGGACGAGAACCAGCUCGACAAGAUUGUCAAGGAGCUGGAAAAGUCGAUCAAGAAGGCCCGCACAAAAGACGUGGGCGGAGACCAGGACGAAGGACAGGAGCAGCCUGACUUUGGGCUCCUCGAGAUCCCCGACGACCAGCUGGACGAAGCUCAGCUCAAGCAGAAGCGGCAGCAGCGACUCAUGAAGUCUAACCACGAGGCGCGGGCUCGAGCCAAGGCGGAAAAGGAGGCAGAAAAGGCGCGGUUUGCCGAGGAGGAGCGUCGCGACAACGACCGUCGCGACAACGACCUCGACGGCUGGCUGGAGGAUAAGCGACAAGCGCGGCUGCGGACGCUCCAGAAAAUCAAGGAGCGCGAUCGUCUCAAGCAAGACCUGGGCAACCGCAAGUCGCUCGCCUCGCAGAUCCGCAUGAAGAGCAUCGCCAACCUGGCCUCGGACAAUCCGACCAAGAAGCGGCGGCGAGGUGGUGACGACGACAACUUUGGCGCGAACGACGACGACUGGGGCGUCUACCGGCAAAUUGCCGUGGGGGAGAACAGCGACGACGAGCAGGAGGAGGAGGACCUUUCGUCGUCCCUCAAGCAACUUGAGCAGGACCUCCUCAAGUACGACCCGGAGUUCGACUACGAGCAAACCCAGGAGGCCCAGUCUGACUGGUCCAAAUCGCUCCUCCACGCCUUUGCCCGCGGCCCGCGCCCGUUCAAUCAAGCCUCGCAGGCCGAGAUCAGCCAGAUCCACCUCAACGUGGAGCGCAUCCGCGUGCCCGAGGUCAUUUUCCGCCCGUCCAUUGCCGGCGUCGACCAGGCGGGCGUCGUCGAAAUCGCCGGCGACGUGCUGACGCAGCGCCUGGCAGGCAUGCCCGGCCGCGACGACUUUUUGCGCGACAUAUUCCUGACGGGGGGCAACACGCUGUUCCGCAAUUUUGACGACCGCAUCAGGGACGGACUGCGCGCCCUGCUGCCCGCCGAGGCGCCCAUUGCCGUGCGCCGGGCGGGCGACGCUUGCCUGGACGCGUGGAAGGGCGCGGCUGGGUGGGCGGGCUCGGCGGCGUGGAAGGAGGCGCGCAUCUUGAGGGAGGAGUAUCUGGAGAAGGGCCCCGAGUAUAUCAAGGAGCACGAAAUGGGCAAUUCGUAUGCGUGA